GAUUUCCACACAGUGGAGUCUCUGCAGAUGGUGAAAAACAGGAUGUGUCACACACUGUGGUCACACCCAAACAGCUCUUUGCUGUCCGCCCAGACUUAACACUAAGUCACACAAGACAAGUUUGUAUCAGUGGAAUAAAACUAGCAUUUAACAACAGACAAUUCUCUAAGUAAUAAAACAGUAUAGCAUGUCUCAUUUACCACCACACCUGUUGAGUUGACUUGGGUAACAGACCUCUAGCUUCUACAACACAGAAAGUUAGAGGGGACUUUCUCAAGUCAGUCACUGACAAUUAGGUAAGAUAUUAUAGGACACCAUGUGUAACUGCUGCUCUGUCAGCAGUUUCCUGGGGAGUUUUUCUGAUGUCAGUGUUUCCUUUAGGAAGGUGGGUUUAACUGAUCUGAUUUGCUUAACAGUUUGCCACAUAAUUGAAGUAAGGAAGUAAUGAGUUAGAAAUCAUAUAGCCUAGCAGUAUUUCUCACUCUUCAGUCCUCUCUUCAUGACAGUAGACUUGUUUCGCUCAGUGGAGCCCCAGUUAGAGAAAGAUAUGAUACCUGCAGGGAUAUUGAUGAUCCUGUUCUGGAGCACAGAUCUCCAGGCUCAAAGCGUCAGUCCACCAGCUGAAAUCUCAGUCAGACUGGUGGAUGGGACCACUUCCUGUUCUGGGACAGUGGAAGUCUUCUACAGAGGAGAGUGGUUGAGUCUAUGUUCUAGUUGGUGGAGAAUGAUGAGAGAGAUUAAGGUUGUGUGUAGAGAGCUGGACUGUGGGAAUCCUGUAGCUGAAUCUAGAGGACCUCUGUUUGAAGAUGGAAGAAGAGGAGUCACACUAUAUAGUAGUUGCUAUGGAGAUGAGUCUUCUAUUAGACAGUGUGACAUCACAGGAGGACCUGGUUUCUGUGAUGGUGAAUAUUAUCGUCAUGUGACCUGUUCAGAGUCUGUGCGGCUUGUGGAUGGAGCUGGUCUCUGCUCUGGGAGAGUGGAGGUGAAGUCCAAUCAGUCCUGGGCCUCAGUGUGUGAAGCUGACUUUGACCGGCAGGAUGCAGAGGUAGUCUGUAGGGAUGUUGGCUGUGGGUCUCCUGCAGCUCUACAGGGGGGGCUCUAUGGAGAAGGUGAGGGUCAGACCUGGGAUAAAGAGUUCCAGUGUAAAGGCAAUGAGUCCCUUCUCCUGGACUGUGACACCUCAGACAGAAAACACAACACCUGCCCACCUGGUAAUGCUGUUGGACUCACCUGCUCAGAGCCUGAUGAUGUGAGGCUGGUGGGAGGAGGCAGUCGCUGUGCUGGUGGAGUGGAGCGGUACUACCAGGGAGAGUGGAGGAUUGUGGGAACUGAAGACUGGGACCAGGAGGAUGUAGCUGCAGUAGUGUGUAGACAGCUGGGUUGUGGCUCCACUGUUUCAGUUCUUCCUGGAAACACCACUAGAGGGUUUGGAGUUUCCUGUUCUGGGUCUGAGUCUUCACUGAGGGAGUGUAGAAGAUCAGAUGAUCUCCUUCCUGGAUUCACAGUGAUCUGCUCAGAUCUCCUGGUCCAGCCUGAUAUCUUCCUGACUGACUCAAUGGGAGGGGUCUUCAGGGGCCACCAGGGGCCCGAGAUGUUCAGGGGCUACAACUUCACCAUAACCUGCUCCACUCAGCCACAGUACCCAGGAGGCUCCUUCCUCCUCACGUUCACCGGCUCCAACAGAACCCAGACCCAGCCAGCUGUCAAUCACUCUGCUGCAUUCCACUUCCCUGCUGCAGAUGACUCCCACCAAGGGAACUACAGCUGUGUUUAUGACAAUUAUGUUUUCUCUCAUAACUUCUCCUCUGAGAGUGAGCUCCUCUCCCUCACCAUCACAGCCUCUCCUCUGCCAGCCUUCAUCAUCAGACACGUUGUAGUGCUGCUGACCCUACUGACAGCCAUCACCACCUCCUCCUACCUGUACUACAAGCCCACCAGGAGGCAGAAGAGAGUGAACAGGGUGAGCAGCAUGGAUCUUGACGUCAAUGCCAUGGAGAUGGUCUCUCUGAGCUCCAGAGCUGAAGCUGGACCGGGAGAGGAGAGAGCAGCCCAGGGGACGGAGUAGGAGUAGAAUGAAUCUGACCCUACAUGCUGAUCUUAGGUCAGUUUUGUGUUUUAAAUCGAUGGUCAGCAGUGGACUGGUGUUUAAAAUGUGGUGACAAACCUGAAGUGGUUCUAAUUUUAAUAACAAGUUCAGAAUUAGUUUCUCUUUCUAGAACCUUGGAAGAAAUCUAAAAGGAGUGACUGCAACCACCAUUAUUCAUUUAGUUUGGUUUUUACCACCAGAGAAACAUGGGGUUCUGGUAACAUGGGGUUCUGGGUAACAUGGGGUUUUGGGUAAC